AUGAAGAAAGAUUGGGACAUCGUCGUGGUCGGUGCCGGGGUUUUUGGCCUGACGACGGCGCUUGAGCUCGCGUUGCAAGGAUACCGCAAUGUCACCGUCCUGGAUCGCCAUGUGCCUCCGGUCCCUGACGGCUCCAGCGUGGACAUCUCACGUGUCAUCCGAUUCGACUACGCCGACGAUCUCUACCUGAAGCUGGCCUACGAGGCAUAUCAGAAAUGGUCCCAGUCACCGAAAUAUAGAGAUAUAUUCAACCCCGCGCCUGUCGUCUUAACCAGCAACCAUAAUCCGGUCGGAAGGUCGUAUAUCCAGAAGACCACCGGCGCUCUAGAUCGAGCGCACCUCCCGUGGGCAAGGUUAGAAUCCGCUGACAACACGCGACGUCUGUACCCAACCAUAAGUGGCUCCCUCGCCGGACCCGAUUUCAUAGGCUACCAUAACCAACAGGCCGGUUGGGCAGACGCCCAAAAAGCUAUCGCCAGCCUCCGCGACGAGUGCAUCGUCCGAGGGGUCUCGUUCGUGUCAGGUCGUGCUGGCACCCUUGUUGGAUUCGAUCGUACCACCUCAGGGACGAUCCGCGCUGCCAGGACUAUUGCUGGCACUGAGGUCUUGGCCGACCUGUUCAUCCUGGCUGCUGGCGCGUGGGCGGCCAGCCUGGCGCCCAUGUAUAACUCGACUCUCUCAACCGGCCAAGUGCUCGCAUACCUCCGUCUGUCGCCGGAGGAGAUGGCCAAGUACCAGCGACUGCCUAUCUACGUCAAUUUCGCUACGGGAUGGUUCAAUUUUCCACCACACCAAGACACGUCGCUGUUGAAGAUGGCCGUGCACGGAUGGGGUUAUGAGCGCUCUCCGAACGAAUCCGAGCGCAAAACCCUCAAGUCUGAUGUGUCGACGCCACCGCUGGCCGUUUCCAAUAGACGCAAGAACUACAUCCCGUCGGACGGGGAACGCCGACUACGUGACGGCCUCAAGGAGCUGCUGCCCGAACUCGCCGACCGACCGUUUGAACGGGUGGCCGUGUGUUGGUACACCGACACACCCACAGGUGACUUUAUCAUGGACUACCACCCGGACUAUCGUAAUCUUUUCCUCGCCGGUGGUGGCAGUGGACAUGCCUUCAAAUUCUUGCCAGUACUGGGCAAGUACACAACCCUUGCGCUCCACAAAAGUCUCGAGCCUGCUCUCGCGAAGAAAUGGCGGUUCCGCACUGAGUACAAGGAUGUGGCCAAUGCGUUCCCAGGCGAUGGAAGUCGCGGAGGGCCGGAAAGACGACAACUCCAUGCAGAUGAGCAUGCAAAGUUGUAG